AUGGAUCUCAUUAUCGUCGACAUGCUGCCGUAUAACUUGGUUGAAGGAGACGCAUUUCGAAGACUCAACUUAGCUGACCCUGACACUCUAUUUAGAUACAGAAAGAAGUCUGAAAAAUACUUCAGAACGACUUUAAUGCCAGCGACGUAUUUUAAGGUAAAAGAAAAAGUCAUACUUCUCUUGGAAAAGGCUGAAUGGGUCAGCCUUACUACAGACAUAUGGAGUAAUCCUGCGAAGACUUGUUCUUUGCUGAGUUACACAGCUCACUUCAUUCAAGCAACGAAAAGACAAAAAGUUAUAUUGGCAGCAAGUGCACUUGAAGACAAUCAUACUGGAAAGCAUAUUUCAGAAACACUUAUCAAUAUAAUUGCUGAAUUCCGAUUGACGAACAAAGUUCACAUGGUUAUACGUGACAAUGCUUGUAAUAUGCAGUCUGCCAUGCGUCUUGGAAAUUUUGCAUCCAUUGGAUGCGUAGCUCAUACGCUUCAGUUGGUAAUCCAUGAAAUUAUAUUCAAAAGCGAUCCCAUGAUGGAUAUAAUUAAAAAAUGUCGCAAAAUUGUUGGACAUUUUAAAAGAAGUGAGCAAGCUUGUCGAUAUUUAAAGCAAUUCCAAGAAACUUGCGACUUACCCAGGCACACUUUGAUUCAAGAUGUUGAAACACGCUGGAAUAGCACGUAUCUAAUGUUGGAAAGGCUCAUGGAACAAAAAUUCGCUGUAAAUUUGUACAUGGCAGAACGCGGUGGCAUAGAAGUACCAGCAGCAGAAGAAUGGGUGCAAAUAAGAGAUUUGAUAUCCGCAUUGAAAUGCUUUUAUCAAGCUACACUUGAUAUUUCAAGCGACUCUUCAUCAAUAUCAUUAAUUAUACCACUGAUUGUCAUGCUGAAUUCAAAACUAGCUCCAAAAGAUGAAGAUACUGAAAACUUAAAAUUGCUUAAAAUCCGGUUGUGUGAGUCUGUUAAUAAACGAUUUUCGUACUCAAAAAGUACUCCAAAUUUAUUGAUUGCUACCCUUAUAGAUCCUCGAUUUAAAGGGAAGUAUUUUACCGGUGAUGAAAUCGGAAAUACCAAAGCAAAAAUAUUGGAAUUAUUACAACAGAACUUGUCAAAUCAAACGGUUCCGAUGAUUUUAGAAGACGAUGAUCCCCAGCCAUCUUCUUCAACAUCAGCAUCAGGAUUGCAACAUGAUGAUUUAUGGGAAUCACAUGAUAAAUUUGUUUUGCCAGUCGAGAGCGGAACUUGCUUAAAUGAACCUCCUCCGUUUGAGGGACAGCUGUUGUCUUUUUUGAAAGAACCUUUACUCUUACGAAACACUGAUGUAUAUGCAUAUUGGGCGUCUAGCCCAUACAAUUAUCUAAGGACCGUAGCUAUACAAUUUUUGUCUGCGCCACCCACUAGCGUUCCUAGUAAACAACUGUUCUGUGCUGCCGGACAGAUAUAUGCGGACAGAAGAUCAAAUUUGAGUGGUGAAAAUGUUGAAAAACUUUGA